GGAACCCGAUUUGGAAAUCGAUUCUCUCUAUACGAAAUACACCAUCUAAUAGAGAAUUGAAUUCUCUAUCUAAUGGUGUAUUUGUUACUGUUUUGCGAUGAAGGGUAAAUUGGGUGGGUGUGGGUGUGAGGGUGCGGGUGUGUGACUGGCGGGUGUGGGUUGGUGUGGGUGUGGGCAUGGGUGUGUGGGUAUGGGUGGUUGUGGAUGUCAUACCUUUACUCACACGCACAUGCACACCCACACCCACUCCCACACCCUUGAACGAUAUAUCUAGAUAGGAUUUUUGGGUACACGUUUUGCGAUGAAAUCAGAUAGUUGUGUUAUUCAACGUUUGAUUGAACAUGGGUUCGAAGUGAUUUUUCCGAAUGAUGAAGAGAUAGUGCAAUUAAAUGAUAUUAUCAUGAAGGAAUUAACAUUCAAUAUAUUCACUGAAGAAUCGAAACAAAUCUAUUUAAAAGUAAUUCAACGUUUGAAGGAUGAACACAACGUCGAAGGCAUUGUUCUUGGUUGUACCGAAAUACCCUUGCUUGUCAAACAGAGUGACAUACCACAUGUUCCUCUCUUUGAUUAG